ACGCCCCCUCCGUCACUCUCUGUACUUACGUGAAGCUCAGCUCGGCUUCAUUUGUUCACUGAACACAGAGCUAGUAACAGAAUAACAUGGCUGCUAACAGAGUGAUCAUUUAUGGAGGUAAAGGAGCUCUGGGCUCCACGUGUGUGCAGUUUUUCAAGUCUAAAGGAUGGUGGGUCGCCUGCAUUGACAUGGCAGCAAAUGAAGAAGCGAAUGAGUGCGUGAUAGUGAAGAUGAGCGAGUCUUUCACUGAGCAGGCAGGACAGGUGACAGCAGAUGUGGCCCAGUUGCUAGGAGAGAACAAAGUGGACGCCAUCUUGUGUGUGGCAGGAGGAUGGGCCGGAGGGAAAUGCAGUUCCAAAGAUUUGUACAAAAACGCUGACUUGAUGUGGAAGCAGAGUGUGUGGACCUCAACCAUCUCCAGUCACCUUGCUGCUCGGCACCUAAAACCUGGUGGACUCUUGACUUUGGCCGGCGCCAAAGCAGCACUCUCAGGCACUGCAGGCAUGGUCGGGUAUGGUAUGGCCAAAGCUGCGGUCCACCAGCUGUGUCAAAGCUUAGGAGCAGAGAACAGUGGGCUCCCGUCAGGAGCUGCUGCUGUGGCCAUACUCCCGGUUACCUUGGAUACACCAAUGAACCGGAAGUUCAUGCCUGACGCAGAUUUCAGUUCCUGGACACCACUGGAGUACAUCGCAGAAAUGUUUUUCAACUGGGCAACUGGAGUUAAUCGGCCCGCCUCUGGGAGCCUGAUGCAGCUGCUGACCUCUGGAGGCGAAACGCAGACCAAGGCUGCUCCGUAGAGGACAAGAGAGGAGGUGGUGAUGGGGAUUCGGAGGGAGGGAGGAAGGGGGAGAGCGGCGGUAGAUAAAGAUGGAUGGAACAAGGGGGCAGAGAAAUGAGAUUGGGGAGGAGGAAGAGGAGCGCAAGAGGGAGGAGAACUGGAUGAGAUAGGAAUGAUGAAGAGGGUCGGAGGUGACGAAGAGAGAUGGUGACAGAGGGGAGCUAAAUAAAAGGGGGGCAGGAGAAGCAGAGGGGCCGGUCAGCUUGUUUUAAAAAGGUGUGUGGUGGGGGGGAAAGGGGAGGCAUUUCUUCAAAAGUGUGACCUCACGGCGCCAUCUAGCUGCGUACCAGUACCAUUAGACCUCUGUAACAGAGAAUCACUCUGUGAGGAA